GGACCCAGGAGCCGGGUCGCCAACGCCUGCCCACCCGCGUGCCCGGGCUGCGGCGGGCCAGGAUGUCGGGCUUCCUGGAGGAGCUGCUGGGCGAGAAGCUGGUGACGGGCGGCGGCGAGGAGGUGGACGUGCACUCGCUGAGCGCCCGCGGCAUCUCGCUGCUCGGGCUCUACUUCGGCUGCAGCCUGAGCGCCCCCUGCGCGCAGCUCAGCGCCAGCCUGGCCGCCUUCUACGGCCGCCUGCUGGGGGACGCGGCGGCGGGGCCGGGGGCCGGGGCCGGGCCGGGGCCGGGGGCCGGGGCGGCCGCCGAGCCCGACCCGCGGCGCCGCCUGGAGAUCGUCUUCGUGUCCUCGGACCAGGACCAGCGGCAGUGGCAGGACUUCGUGCGGGACAUGCCGUGGCUGGCGCUGCCCUACAAGGAGAAGCACAGGAAGCUUAAACUUUGGAAUAAAUAUCGAAUUUCCAACAUUCCAUCACUAAUAUUCCUAGACGCCACCACAGGAAAGGUUGUGUGCAGGAAUGGGCUGCUGGUGAUCCGAGAUGACCCAGAAGGUCUGGAAUUCCCAUGGGGACCCAAACCCUUCAGGGAAGUCAUUGCAGGACCCUUGCUUAGAAACAGCGGGCAGUCCCUGGAGAGCAGCAGCCUGGAGGGGUCUCAUGUAGGCGUCUAUUUCUCUGCACACUGGUGUCCACCUUGCCGAAGCCUCACCCGGGUCCUGGUGGAAUCCUACCGGAAGAUCAAGGAGGCAGGCCAGAAAUUUGAGAUCAUCUUCGUUAGUGCGGACAGGUCAGAGGACUCAUUCAAACAGUACUUCAGUGAGAUGCCCUGGCUCGCUGUCCCCUACACUGAUGAGGCCCGGCGGUCGCGCCUCAACCGGCUGUACGGAAUCCAAGGCAUCCCCACGCUCAUCGUGCUGGACCCGCAGGGAGACGUGAUCACGAGGCAGGGGCGGGUGGAGGUGCUGAACGAUGAGGACUGCAGGGAGUUCCCCUGGCACCCCAAGCCCGUGCUGGAGCUCUCCGACUCCAACGCCGUGCAGCUCAACGAGGGCCCCUGCCUCGUCCUCUUCGUAGAUUCUGAGGAUGAUGGGGAGUCCGAGGCCGCCAAGCAGCUAAUCCAGCCAAUAGCUGAGAAGAUAAUUGCCAAGUACAAAGCCAAAGAGGAGGAGGCACCACUUUUAUUCUUUGUGGCAGGGGAGGACGACAUGACUGACUCCCUGCGAGAUUACACCAAUCUGCCCGAGGCUGCCCCUUUGCUCACCAUUCUGGACAUGUCAGCCCGGGCCAAGUACGUGAUGGACGUGGAAGAGAUCACCCCUGCCAUUGUGGAGGCCUUUGUGAAUGACUUCCUAGCAGAAAAGCUCAAACCAGAGCCCAUCUAGUGGGACUCUGGCCUCAUGAGACGUUAUUUAAAACUCAGUCUCCUCUUCCUCCUCUUCUCCUUCCUUCCCUCCACCCUUGGACUUUUCCAGCGUGUCCUGAAUCACACAACCCAAGUAUCCAACCUCUCUGUGGUGCCUUGUUUUCUGCAUUAACUCCUCAGUUAGCACCCUAGGGUGCAUAUCCUCUCAGCAGCAGAAGAACCCACAAUAUUUGGAGACUCUGCUUGGGAUUCAUGGGGCUGGCAUAACCUGGCCAGAACUGGGACCGCAUCACUCUCAGUCACUAGUUCUUGGUGUUCUCCUGCCGAGCGAACAUAAAGGAAUACUGCAUUGGUGCUCUGGCUCUGCCUCUGGUGUCAGCAUGCACUGAGACAGCUCAGUGAAACACGUGCAUGCAGGUGGAGCAGGGAAAGGGACGCGGCCUCGUAGGCCUCAGCUUAGAACCUUUCCUAGGUGACUUAGUCUGUCUUGUCUGAGGGAAAAGCACCAGCUUGUCAGUCAGUUCCAGAUCUCAAAGGAAGCUUGUGUUCUUUUCUGGUAAGAAGAGUAGCUAUGGUAAUGAUUCAUAUAGUAACUGCUUUUUUGAGCUCCUACCAAGUGAUAAGUCUCUCAUUCCUUCCUUCUAUCACUUUCUUCCUUGAUCUUCAAGUUUCUGCCUUCUCAUAUGAACCACCCCUCCUAUCCUGAAAUUUUGUUAAUCAAUUCUUCCCUGUGAACAUCUCAAGAAGAUGGACUCAGCUCUGAGUUUAUAGAGUAGCACAAGUCACCAGCACAGAACCGAUUCAGCCCGGCUCAGUGGUCCUAGGGCCACUGCAGCUCUCCUGAGGCACCUACGCCCACUUUUGGUUACCCCCGUCAUUCCCUUUUCUUUUCAAAGCAGAAUUAAAAAAAGAGAAGAAAUUACCUGAAGUCUAGCUUUUUCCUAAGGACCUUCAGAAAAAGCUGUGUCCUAGGGUGGGAGUGAGAACAGAGGGCAUGUCAAUCAAGUAUGCCACUGAAUCCAUUUUUCUUGGGCCACGUAGCUCAGUCCCUUAUUUGUGCUGAACUGACUUCAACAAGUAAAAUAACUACUCUGCUCUUAGGAUUUGGGAUGGAGGGCUUUGGCCUAGGGACUCCUAGGGUUUCAGCCUAUCAGUGAAGUGUCAGGGUCUUUAAAACAAUCCCAAGCCUUACCCUUGGAUCCACUUACAGCACUCUGACAACCAAGACCAUUUAUUUGGAAAACUCAGUUCCCCCAGUUAGCUGUUGACACCAUUGCUCCUUGCCAAAUUAUUGGGUUGUUGAUUUGUAGUUCAGAGGUACAAAACUAGUUGGUAAUUAGACUGUUAUCGAUGUCACCAGCCUGAAAUACAAUCAUUUAGUAAGAAAUAAAGCAGGCAUCUCUGGACGUUAUCAACCACUUGGCCUUUCCUGUCCUUGCUAACAGAAAUGUUUUACUUGUGGUGUGGUGUCCUAUGGGAGGUGGGCAGUAGGAGACUGGAACAUACAAGAUCCUCUUGACUGUCACUGGACACCUGGUAGCUAUGCUUCAAAGUUUUUGAGACUUACCCCAGACCCUGCAGGGUCAUUGAUCAUCCAUUGAAUUCUCCAGAAGCCGAGAAGCACAUCCGGAUUAGACCACCGGAAGCAGAUCCCUGAUGGAGCUCUCGUCACCUUCUCCCCAGGUUUGACCUGCCUUGGCAUGGGGUGGAUUCUCAGCUUAUAGACACCCUUGUGGAACACUCAUCUCACAACAAGGCAGCAAGCACUCUGAAGCCUGAGAAAGCCUGCUGGGGAAAGACAAGGAGUCCCACACGGAUCCCCCUGUGAAUGCUGAGGCAAUAGUUGGAGACCCUUGAACCUAGUCUGUCCUAGGGUUUCUCUGAGAACCCCAGGGUUGGGGUGGGUGAGGGGACAUGGUGAAGUGGACCUUGCUCAGAAGAGGGUGGGAUUUCUGUCAAUGCCCUAUAUCAUAACGGCCUUUGGAGGAAAGGUGGGCUCUUGGCAGCUACUUACCUUCUGGGGCAGAAGUUAACUGAGGACCCACUAUAAAGUCAUUGCGGGUGAAAAUGAGUCAUCUGUGAUCCCUCUGUGGUCUGUACAGGGCUGACUGAACUAGCUGCUAAUGCCAACGGGAUCCUUGACACCAGAUUUCUCCUUUUGGAGUGGGCAUGUGGGAUGAUUAAGGUUGGUGGGGAAGGUUUACUAAAAUGGGGCUUUAGAUUUAUACAGGCACACCUCAGAUUUAUUGCAGGUUCUGUUCCAGACCACCACAAUAAAGCGAAUGUCUCACUAAAGCAAGUCAUAUGAAUUUGUUGGUUUCCCAGAGCAUAUAAAAGUUACCUUUCCACUAAACAGUAGUCUAUUAAAUGUACAAUAGUAUGGCUAAGUAACAGCGUACACAACUAAAUGAAAUCUGACAGACAGGACAUGAGCACGUGCUGUUGGAAAAAUUGCACCAAUAGAGUUGUUCCACAAAGCCUAGCGACAAACCUUUGAUUUGUAAAAAAAAAAAAUAAAUACCCACCAUAUCUCAAAGUGCAACCAAGUGAGGUGUGCCUGUAUAGUGGCCACUUUGCGGGUAAAUGCUGGGGGAAGGUCAUCAGCCAGUGCCAAACCCAGGGAAAAAUCCUGUCUCGAGAGUACGAGAGACCUUAAAGGUUAUUGAUGCAGACAAAGUGGGUGGCUUCUUAAUUCCCACUAAGCAGCUCCAAAAUACCUUAAAAUUCUUGUUGCUAAUUGGAAGCAGGUUAAAACACCAGCUGUGACAUAUUCAAGGGCUUCCGCCAGCAGUAAGGGAAGCCUUGCCAUGCAGAAGAGGCAGGAUGGUGGCUGUAAAAAUGCCACCUUGGGGUUCCAGAGAUUUGUGUUCUCAAUGACUUCCAGGUCCCAUUCUACCCAUUUCACAACAGAGAUGGGAUUUUUUUUUUAACCUGUUUCCAGCAAUAAAGAUCUACCUAUGUAGGAAAAGGGGUGUGUAUUCAGAAUUGACAUAAAGGGUAUGUACAGUGGUGGCUGUAAUUGCAAGGGCGACUGCUACCCCGCAACCCCCCAAGUGUGUCCUUGACAUCAAAGACUCACUUAUCUGAGCACUGAGAGCCAGCACUGUUUUUUUGACGUCAACCAAACUUCAAGUGGUGGUUUUCAGCCAGACUUUGUUUUUUCCUGUUGCCUAAUUAAAGACACUAAAAAGCUGUUCUCUCCUCCUGCUGCCUUGUUUCAGGGAAGCAAACUGAAUUCUGUCCUGAUAGAGACAUAAGCUGUGGUGGAGGAACAAACCAUCAGCUGGGCCUGGUAAGAUGUUGCACAGUCAGCAUAGGGGAAAAUGCCCCCCAUGUGUGUGCACACGCAUGCAGAGACCCUGUGCACUUGGAAUUGUAGAGCUGGGAGGGACCUGAGCAAUGUCUGGCCCAGGCCCCUGCAGUCUUGCAAGCACACAGCUCUCACUUUCUGUUCACUGCCAUGGGCCCCCCAGCCCAGGCAAGCCCCUGCUUGCCCCAAAAGACCAGACUGCAAGCAGAGUGAAUUGUGGGGAGGCUCAGCAGUGCCCUCUGCAGCUUCUCUCUGGUGCUGCUGUGUGACCCCAGGACUCAAAAAAGACCCAGAGUUCAGGGGGAUUUUCAAGUUCACCCUGAAAUGGUUGUGUUGAAGUGAGCCUACAACCCGCUUUGCUGAGACCAAAAGAGACACCCCUGCUGUCCCGCGAGCAGGCUGCUCAAGAGAAAACUCUUUGGGGACAAAUGGCUGUUUUGCGUUAGUUUCAUGAUUAGUGUUAAUGGAGCAAUUGCAAAGGAUGAAAUACUUUCCAGGAAACAAAAUAUAUAGGAAAAUUUUGUGUUGGCUCUACUUUAUGGCAGAGAUUUCCCCUUUGAUGGGGGGAAAUGUAAUGUUUGCAUGUACUAAAUGUCCUUAAAUGCAGAAACAUGAAGUAAAUAAGCUUCAUUGUUCAAGCCUUAAAUAUCUUAACCUCUCGGUGUUUUGGAAUACUUACCAUGCCAAGAGAUGUGCCUUUAGAUUUGGGUAGGACUUGUUUUGAGGGACUGGUGGAUUUCCAUUAAAUAAUGUGCCAACUCAUGACAGCCUCUGACCCCAGGCCUGUAGGCUAGAGUGCCACACAAAGGAGGCAGACAGUCUCAAGUAUAGAUUCAUGGUGCUCAUGCCUCACACAAGUCAGUCACCCAUGCGGGCUAGAACUGGGAUAUAGUAGGCAGUGUGGUCUUAGGACCCAGGAUCAAAAAAUAAGGAACUUCGGUCAGAUUGGCUCCCUUUUCCCAUCAAGGAGGUACAAGGGAGACUGGGAGGUCAGACCCGGCUUUAGCCGUGUCUUCCCAAUCUUUGUCCCCUUCCUGCAAUUUGAAGCAGUAGCAGCUUUGGUGAUGGCCUCUCCAACUAUGUGACCUCAGUUGAAAAGAGUGGCUCAUCCCUAUAAAGCAAACAUAAGAACAGAACUGGUACCAUCUUGUAAUACACUCAGCAUUUCAGUCAUACUUUGAGCAUCUUCCUGAGGUUUUCAGCAAGGACUCUGCUGUGGCUGCUGUCUCAGCUGCUCCAAUGUAACACAGCAACUUAGUUCAAGACUUAGAGCAGUAAAUCAGUUUUUCCACUAAUUUAGCUUCUACCUUAGUGCGUGCAUUGAUGGAAAUAGAAGAAAUUGGUUUAAAGGAGUCUGUUUCCUUAAAAAAAAAAAUAAAUAAAAAGUCAGGUCUAUUCCUACAGGACAAAGGUAGCUGGUCAGGAGGGGAGCCCCAGGUCCUGCUGCACAGCUGAUUCUCAGCAUAAGCCAAGGAGCCCUGGAUAAGACACUGCCCCUGUUAGUGACCAAACUGGGUCUGUCGCUCACCAUCCAAAAAGCCAAACCAAACCAGGAAUGUCUUUUUACAAAGGAGUUUAUUCUAGGUGGCCACCAAGGGAGUCAGUGGAAUUGACACCCUAAAAACCAGCUCUCUGAAUGGCAGGGGUGCUGUGAUUGUAUAAGGGGAAGGAAAAAUGUGGGCACAAGGUAUGGGAAGGGAGAGGGGGAUUCACAUCUGUGGUCCAAGGGGGUGCUGGACAGCCUGGGUAUGGUAAGUCACAGCUUUUGGCUUUCUCAACAAGGAGUGAGUGUCUGUUUAGGGCCAUCACCUGGCAGUAGUCAGCAGAUGUUUGUUUUUGAUGUUACUGUCAACCUCAAAGGGGCACAGGGAACUUUUGUUAAGAGGUAUAACACAGGGGCCCCCCUGGUGGCACAGGUGCUUGAGCGCUGCACUGUGAAGCUGUCCACAGCCUCUGCAGUGCUGGUUCGAUCCCCUGCCAGCCAGGAAGAAACCCACAUGGCGCAGCAGACCUCUCCUAUCUUGCCCGCUGCUCCCCUCAGCAGUGUAUUUCGUCAGUCUGCCUGUUCUGUUCCCCACUCUGUCUCUGGUGAAUUCUCUCACCCUCCCGCACAUUUGGCCUAUACCCCGGUUCUUGUAUAAAUAAAUAAAUCUUAAAAAAAAAAAAAGAUAUAACACAAUUAUUCAAGUUCCCAGGAAUGCAAUUGGAGAGAAAUACAUUAAAAUAAGAAAUGGGUCAAAGGUUAAUCACACAGGAGGUGGUAGCUGAGAAGAGAGAACAAAGGGUGGUUACAAUUUCAUUCCAUUUAGUCCUAAUUCUUAAUCUAGGGAGAUUUUUUUUUUUGCAAAAUGGGGAGGGUUCACCUAGACUUCUAGAAUCAUUCAUGUGGCAGAAUGUCAAGUGGAACUAAGAGCAGCCCAGCUUGGAUGGUGAUGACAUCUGGUGUUGCCAUUAACCUGGGGCAAGUGGUAGAAGGUCUGCGUUUGAACUAGUCCUGGGAAGUCCGUUGAUCCUAACCAGGAGCAAGCAGCUGUGAGUAGGGGAAAGAAAGAGGAGGUUUCAUCUCCCACUGGCCUGAAGCCUCAAGUGAAGAGCAAGGCAGUGGUGGGACAUCAGCAUUUGCCCAGCACUGCUUUUUCAGGGGCUCCAUUCCAAGGGGAAAGUUGUGCUUCCUGCUGCAGCCACUCCCCAUCUCUCUCCAUUUCCUCUUUAAUUUUUGGUUCAAUAACCUCCUAUACUUAAGAUUCUGCUGAAAAAAUAAGUGACAAUCUGGCUGGGUCUCCAAUUGCAGCACCUCUGAGUACAAUUGGCUUGCAAAAUGCCCUCUAUGGUGGUGGGAGACUUUAGACUCCAACCUCUUUAACUCAAAUUCAGGAAAAAUCCCCACGCCCUUCUUCAGGGUUGGGAGUGGCUGUGGUGUGGCUGCCACCUGGUGGCAGAAAUCACAUUGCAGCACCACGUAAAACAAAGGCAAAAGAGCAGCCUGGCCAACCUUUUGACAGUGUUUCAGGCAGUGUCUUGUUUGUUAUAUAUUAUUUAUCCAUAUUUCCUGGGGAAAUGGUAACAGAACAAAUGUUGGCCUCAUAAUAUAGAAUUCAAGACAGUGAUUUUCCAGUAUCAGUGACACUUUCUUCCCCUCUAGUCAUUUUAAAGGAAAAUUUGCCAUCAAAUUAUACAUACAAAUACAUGAAAGUAACAGAUACAUGAAAGUCAGACACCACUGACUAUGUAGUGAAUGAGAGGUAAAUUUCUUUUUUCUUCUUACACCUAGGAUGAUAGAAUAGGCUUAGAAUUACUUGCCAGGUAUAUGGUUUUGCACUGUUUUUCUAAACCAGGGCUUGGUGUACACGGUUUGUCACUCUUUCACUGAUUUAUUUUGUAACAAAAAUCAAGAACAA